GCCUUAGCUAGCAAAGAGGUCAGCAAUUAUUUAAAUUAUAUAUCCUGAGUUGACCAAGGAGGACGACUGCUCCCAACUGCAGCGGUUGUUAAGUAGUGAUUGGGAAACAGUUUUGAUGGCGAGUGACAAAAAGAAUAGAAUGUUGAGGACAUUGUCAGUGUGCAAGAAUGAAAAUAAGAUGUACUUCCGUGAAUAAGCUGAAAUGCACUUUCUGCCUGUUUUCUGCAUCACUUUUCCUUGGUUGUCUGCUGAAGCUGGUCUUCGUAAGAUUUCUCAUAAAGAAAAGUUUUUACAUCGGUCCCUAUGGAAUUACAGAAAGAUGGUUUGGAUCUUAUCACAACCAGUAUGACAUUAACUGCACUGCCAUUUAUCAGAUGGACCCAGUGGAAAUUGGCAAAUCUUUGGAGAUAAGACAACAAGAAAUUAUAGAGUUGGAUGAUAAGAGCAUUGCAGCUUUGGCAGAAGACUGCUCAAAAUACACUGAGUCAAGGGGUUACAAUGACAUCUCAGUAACUGAUGAGGAGAGGCAGUUCCCACUGGCCUACUCUUUGGUAGUGCACAAAAACAUAGCUAUGGUGGAAAGGAUUCUGCGAGCCAUCUAUGCGCCCCACAACAUAUACUGCAUUCAUUAUGACCAGAAAUCUUCCAAAGCUUUCAUUGCAGCGGUGAAGAAUUUAGUCAAGUGUUUCCCCAACUUGUUCAUUGCCUCCAAACUGGAGUCGGUCCAGUAUGCACACAUCACGAGGCUUAAAGCAGAUCUCAGCUGCCUGUCGGACUUGGAGAGGUCAGGAGUAAAGUGGAAGUAUGUCAUCAAUUUGUGUGGCCAAGACUUCCCGCUCAAGCCCAACUAUGAGCUGGUGUCAGAAUUCAAGAAGCUGAAUGGGGCCAACAUGCUUGAGACAAGCCGGCCUAGCGAGCUGAAGAAACAGAGGUUCACUUUUCAGCAUGAGCUCAAAAACGUGCCUUAUGAGUACCAACAGAUGCCGGUCAUAACCACCCGGGCUAAAGCCCCACCUCCGCAUAACAUUGAGAUGUUUAUUGGCAGUGCCUAUUUUGUCCUGUCCCGUGAGUUUGUGACUUACAUUCAGAGCAGUCAGCUGGUAAAGGACUUCUUGGAAUGGUCAGCUGAUACUUACUCGCCAGAUGAGCACUUCUGGGCAACCCUGGCGCGGGUGCCAGGGGUUCCAGGAGAAACACUCAGAUCUGCGCCUGAUGUCACAGACCUGAAAAGCAAGACACGACUGGUGAAAUGGAGCUAUCUAGAAGGGCACCUCUACCCACCCUGCACCGGAACACAUUUGAGAAGUGUGUGUAUUUAUGGUACAGCAGAGCUGAGGUGGCUUCUGGAUUAUGGUCACUGGUUUGCAAACAAAUUUGAUCCCAAAGUUGAUCCUGUUCUCAUAAAGUGCUUAGAAGAGAAACUUCAGGAAAAGCGAAUUAGACAUUUGUUGAAGUAUGAAAAGUGAGGAAUGAUGUGUUUUUCAUUAUUUAUUUUGAGUUCAUUAUUUACUGUGACUUAUUGAAUGUUUUUUGUAUUAAUCCUGAGCAAAAUGACAAGUAAAAUAUUCCUAG